AUAGGAACGACCGCACUGUGUAGUACCAGUGCGAUAAUUGUAAUAUGUAUCCUGCAUGCAUGUGCAUUAUUUAAAAUCGCAAGGUAAUGUGAAACGCAUUUACUUGAGCACUUGUUUUAUUUGAAAUAUACUCAGAUAAGUUUAUGCAGUUGCCGAAUAGAAAGUGCGAUCGAGAAGAAUACAUUAAUGAUUCCUGGUCCUAGAAGAGAAUAUUUCAUUCACCGGAGGAUUGUGCAUGCGAUUGUUAUGCAUCAAAGGGCCAGCAAAUUUGCUGAACUUUUGACAUCCAGUUUUGCGACAUUAUUCUCUCUCCUAAUCGUGCUUGGCGUCAGUUCUUUAAGUUUCAUUCUCUAUGAAUUUCUUCAAUUAAUAACAUUAACAAAAAAUACUAGUCAGGCAUCUAUGUUCGCUGUAUUGAUACUCCUACAUUUGAAUUAUAUGUUUGUUGCUAAUUAUGGUGGGCAACAAUUAUUAAAUCAUGGUCUAAAGCUGUUCAAAGCAACUUACACUGGAGUAUGGUACAGAGCACCGUUGCGUACGCAAAAACUGUUAUUGUUUAUAAUGCAAAAGAAAACAAUAAGCAUCACAUGUGGAGGCAUAUUUGUUGUAUCCUUAGAAGGUUUCGCUACGCUCGUAAAUGCGGCAGUAUCCUACUUUACAUUGAUUUAUUCUGCGCAACAAAAAUAAAGCGAAAAAUUUAUUAUUAAGAAAUUG